AUGAGACCUUUCCAACUUUUGUCUGCUAUUGCAGUAUUCAUUGGUUUGGAGACAGUAGAGGCUGCAGCUUAUUGGAAUUGUAAUGGUACUCCAAUUCCAGAUGAUAAGGUUCGAGAUGCAGUAAAUUUGGCCUUUUAUUAUGCACCAGGAUCUUUUCAUGAUUACCCCUCAGUUUCUAGCGCAAGAUAUCGAGGGGCUGGAAGAAAGCAAGUACGACAGUUUCCACUAACAACUUCUAUUGGAAACUGGCAAGGAGGAGAAGUAGACUUCUAUAUUUUGACUAACAUAGAUGCGUCUUUUCUCGAAGUUUUUUCAUCAAAGGGAACUGGCCAUAAGUGUACAUAUUUUGAAGGCUAG